AUGGACAAGCCGGAGGUACUACCUGAACUGAAGAACUUCAUGGAUCUCGGCCUCGAUGGCGCCGAUGAUGUCCCAGUAAUCGGGCGCUCCAAGCAGUUCGACUUCUUCAAAAGCUUGCCAACCUUCGUGAAGCAUUUGCUCGUCUCCCACAUCAGCCACGACAUCUAUGCCUUCAUCGAUUUCGCCAGAACCAGCCGGACGAACUGGGAACUCGUCUGCACAAGUCCGCGCCGCUUUUUCGAGGUUGAAUUUUUCGGCAGUGACGUCUGUAUGCUGUACCAUUGCGGAUCGAAACGAUAUCUCUUCAAUAAGCCCUUCUGGGGUCCGCUCCUAAACGGUGCCAAAGUCACGACGCUGUACCCAGGUUCUCCCGGGAAUUGCGAGUUUCCCGGGCUGCGUGUCGACGCGCUGGCGCUCAGGUCGCCUCAGCUUUGGACUGCCUCGCAACUAGAAAGUUACAAGCCACAGGGCGUCAAAUUCAAAGAGAUCUUUCUAUCAGUAAGCGAGACGCCUGUAGAGGAGGUGUCUGAGGACGUGAUCAAUUUUGUACGAGACCAUGCGGAACAGAUCGCCUAUAGAAUUCCGCAAGACGAGCACAUAUCAAUGCUGUACCGACGAUUCAAGAACUCGCGCGUGCGAUUCCACUCUGUCAACGUUAAGAGUUUCCACAAUUACCAUAUUCGAUUGAUUGACGAAUGGCUGGCCUACAAGCGGGAUCUUGUCUCCAUCACCUCUUGCGUCCCCAUAUCUCCAUUGGGGUGCCACUUCGAUUACGCGUAUGCAGAUAUUUGGAAAAAUACCUUCGCUGGAUAUGACGUGCAAUUUAUUGACAAUCGUCUCGCAGUGAUUACCCGGUCCGACGGGAAAACCAUGACUCCCGUCUAUCAAUAUCAACGGAGGGGAUCUAACCUUGAUUCU